GGGGGUAAAUAAAUACAUGAUUUAUGAAUGAAACUAGUUGUGAUUUUUAGGGGUGAGUCUGCAAGUGCACAACUGAUGUCUUGGCAGUUUCAAUUAGAACUUGCACAUUCUGUUCUCACUGAGCUCUCAACUACUGAUAGAUUCCGUGCAUCACAGAAGGCCAUAUUUGAAUUAAUGAAAGAAUUUACAGUGUUAUUAAAAAACGAUGAAAACACGAAAAAGCAAUUCAGCAAAGGCAACGUUGAAUUAUGUUUUACGCUAGAAAAGGACACUAAACUGGAUAAUCAACCUUUAGCACCGAAACUAUCCAAUAAAGAAAAGAACUGUUCAACCUGCGGAAAGUCAUUCUCGCGCCCUCAAGAUCUCAAACGUCACUUGCGGACACAUAAUAAGACUUCCGCUUAUUUAUGCGAAGAAUGUGGUAAGAGUUACCGAAGUCUUGAUGGACUGAGUUACCAUAAGGCCUUGAAUCACCGUGAGAGUAACGAUUCAUCAGAGUCUUUAUUGAAGUGUUCAAAAUGCAACAAAUCCUUUACUAACCAGAUCCAGUUGAACGUUCAUUUGAAAAACAGUCAUCAUAGAGCAAAGUCAGUAUAUACCUGUGAAAUUUGUAUUCCAACAGCAACUUUCGAACGCAAAGAUGUAUUUAAAAAUCACGUAGUAUUGCACGAACGAGUCAAACCUUUCGCAUGCCGAAUUUGUGAUAAAAAUUUCUCCAGUCGCUCAAACCUACAAUCCCACGCGCGAACUCAUGAUGCUUCAGUUGCUCUCCAGUGUCCAAAUUGCUCGAAGAAAUUUAGUUCAAAGAAAAAGUUGGAUUCACAUAUUCCUGAAUGUAUUGCGCGGAAAUCUUGUCCUUCUUGCAAAUUUGUUUGUCAAAGCGAAGAAGAGAUGACUGAACACACAAAGAAAGAGCAUCCAGCAGAUUAUGCAAUACAUGAAGUCUUUGGUCACGCCCUCGAAGAAUUGAGCUAACCGCAUCUCAAAUGCUCAAUUUUAUGUUCAAUAAAUUAAAUUAUUGAAAUUCUGUCGUGAAAAUACAAAAGCAAACAAAACGUCA